UACAGUGCUCACUCUUGAUUGAGUAUCAAAAAUGGCUGACAACGGGGAUGGUCCAAGCAAUACAUCCUCUGGAAAAACUACAAGAAUAAAUGUGUCCGAUGGUCCAAUAACUGAUCCAGCAUCAACAAUAAAGAGCCUAGAGGCUUCAAAUAAUGCCUUUCACGGCCCGAGAACAAAAUUAGAAUCAAAAUCUGGAGCAUUAAAAAAAUCAAGCCGUUAUCGUAGUCGGUCAUUAUCAGCGAGCAGUAAUGACAGUUACAGUUCUGCGUCUUAUACAGGAAGUUCAUCCGGUGAAGAUGAUGUAUCACCGCGGGAAAAAAUUCAAAAGACAGAAAAAGGGUUUACGGACUUUUGCGUAAGGAAUAUUAAUCAAUACGCAUUUGGACGACGUGAAAUUGAAAUAGCUGAACAAGAAAUGCCUGGGAUUAUGGCAUUACGUCGACGUGCUGCUGAAGAUAGACCACUAAAAAAUGCUAAAAUUGUCGGGUGCACUCAUAUAAAUGCACAGACAGCAGUUUUAAUAGAGACACUGAUAGAAUUAGGCGCACAAAUACGAUGGGCUGCUUGCAAUAUUUAUUCAACUCAAAAUGAAGUUGCUGCAGCUCUGGCGCAUGCUGGUUAUCCGAUCUUUGCAUGGCGCGGGGAAACGGAAGAAGAUUUCUGGUGGUGUAUCGAUAAAUGUGUUUGCGCUGAAAAUUGGCAGCCAAAUAUGAUCUUAGACGACGGUGGUGAUGCAACUCACCUUAUGCUUAAAAAGUACAAUACUAUGUUUAAAGCUAUUCAAGGAAUUGUUGAAGAAAGUGUUACGGGCGUGCAUAGAUUGUACCAGUUAUCAAAAGCCGGGAAGCUUUCAGUCCCCGCAAUGAAUGUUAAUGACAGUGUAACAAAAACAAAGUUUGACAAUCUUUACAGCUGUCGUGAAAGUAUUAUUGACAGUUUAAAACGUUCAACGGAUGUUAUGUUUGGCGGUAAACAAGUCGUCAUUUGUGGGUACGGAGAAGUUGGUAAAGGAUGUUGUCAAGCGCUUAAAGGCCUGGGUUGUAUUGUUUACAUCACUGAAAUUGAUCCUAUCUGCGCUUUACAAGCCAGUAUGGAUGGUUUUCGAGUAAUGAAAUUAAACGAAGUAAUUAGAAAUGUCGAUAUCGUGAUAACAGCAACUGGAAAUAAAAAUGUAGUAACACGUGAGCACAUGGAUAAGAUGAAAAAUGGUUGUGUUAUUUGUAAUAUGGGGCACAGUAAUACUGAAAUAGAUGUCAAUAGUUUACGAACACCCGAUUUAACUUGGGAAAAAGUACGCUCACAAGUAGAUCAUGUGAUAUGGCCAGAUGGAAAACGUAUUGUGCUUUUAGCUCAAGGGCGUCUAGUUAAUUUAUCAUGUUCAAGCAUACCAUCAUUUGUUGUAUCAAUCACAGCUGCCACCCAAGCUUUAGCUCUCAUUGAAUUGUUUAAUGCCCCAACGGGUCGUUAUAAAAGUGACGUUUACUUACUGCCGAAAAAAAUGGAUGAGUAUGUAGCAUCGUUACAUUUGCCCACAUUUGAUGCACACUUAACAGAACUCACUGAUGAACAGGCCAAAUACAUGGGACUCAAUAAAGCUGGACCUUUUAAACCUAAUUAUUAUCGUUACUAGUUAAAAAAGCAAGGGUGCACUCAUUAUCUGCGGCAAUCUUGUAUGAAGAUUAUUUAAAUAAGGAUUAUAAUUUAUGCAACUCUGCUUUAGUUUAAUAAAUUUAAACAAUUAAUUGAUUAUCUGGAAAUUUAUCAAGUUAAAUACACAAGGUAUUAAAUACAGUUUCAUUUGUUAUUAAUAAAUUAAUCAGUCAAUAACGCAAUUGUUACAAGUGCCAUUAACAUGAAAGCAUUUUUUUAAAAUUCACUUUUUAAAAGUCCGGAUUGAUAAUUAUUUUUAUUAUUAUAAUUUAAUAAUUAAUAAUUAAUUUGAAUUUAGUAAUCAAUAAUUAAUUUGAAUUUGAAUUUAAAAUAAUAUAUAUUGCAAAAAUUUUUUUAAAUAUCUAGGCCAUAUUAUAAUUAAUUCCUUAUAAAUUAUAAUUAAUUAUGAAUAAUUUUUAACUAACUGAUAAUUAUUUUUAAUUGUGAGUGGACAGUUUCAUUGUUUUUUUUUAUGCAAAAUAAUUAUUUAUUGAAGCUUUUUUGUUUUUUUUUUUUUUAAUUAAUGGUAAAGGCCAAUUGUAAGAUAAAAAAUUAACGAACGAAUCGUUUAAUGAUUUUUGAGUAUUAAAAACUCGGCAACGAAAUUUUUUAAUUAUUUUGACUGUUUUUUUAAAUUUGAAUAAAUUAUUAUCAACUUGCCCUUAAUAAUUUUAAUAAAUAUUUACUUGCUCAUACAAGCUCACAAAAGACCCAAUUAUUGACAUUUUUUUUUUUUUUUUUUUUUGGUAUAUAUCUAAAAAAUAUAUGUAACUUUUAUUAUAUUUCAAUAACUUUGUUCAAAGUUUUAGUUCCUGUUAUUUUGUCUUCGGAUAAUCAAUCACAGCGCCGUAAAAAGGGCUCAAAAUUACGAAUUGAAUUUUUUAAUUAAAAUUUUAAUGCCGUUAGCAGUUUAAGUUAAAAAAAAUAGAGAAAAUUGUCUAAAAUUGCUUUCAAUAUUUAAAAAGUUAUGUCUUAUGUACUUCCUUUAAUGUUAAUUGUCAAUAAUUGCAGUAAUUUACUCACUUAGUGAUAAAUAAAUUGAAUAACAUUUAUUGUAAAAAUUGAUUACGUAACACCAAUAGUAUUUUUAAUUAAAAAUUUAAAAUCUGCCGUAAGAACAAACAAUAAAAUAUAAAAAAAAAGUUUGAUAUGUGGUUGUGAAUACUGAAUACUGUUUCAAAGGUUGUCGCUCAUUAUUAGAUAUAUUUUGUCAUCAAUAAAAAAAAAAGAAAUUAAAUAAUACUGUACUUAGAUCUGUAAUUAAAUAAUUAAAAAAAGAAAAAAUAAAACUCAGAGGGACGUGAAUAAGUCAAUAAAAUUGUUAAUUGUACUGUAAAAAAUAAUUUUAAAUCAUUGACGCACUUGUUAAAUAAUUAAAAAAUAUUUUUUGAAUAAAUGAAUAAAUCAUUGGCCUAAAAAAAAAUUAAAUAUUUAAAAUCUUUUCAAUUUUAACUGACGUUUAAAACGUCUUUAGGAUGCACAAUUUUUUGCUUAAAAAAAUAAAAUAAUGAAAUCUAAUUUUUUCAACGCAGCUUAUUUGAAUUCAAUCGUUGUCUUAUUUGUCAGACGAUGUGUAAAAAAAAUAUAUAUAUAAAUGUAUCAAAAUAAUUGAAGAAAAUUAAUGAUUUGAAGUUAUAAAUAAAUGAUAAUUACAGUGUAAGUAUUGAUUGAAUUGUAAAAAAUAUUUUAAAUCAAAAUAUAAGUAUAAUAGUGAAAAAUUAAAUAUAAG